GUGCUGUCGUGCUUUGGAGAUGUUUGGAAGGUGAAGGUAGAGUCUGAAAUGGAGGCUCUGGUCUCAUCUUGUGUCGUGUUGCCCUGUUCAUUCAAAUACCCUGCUCAACAAACACCUUCCAGUCGUAUUAAAGCCAUGUGGCACAUGAAGGCCAAAGGGGAGGAUUACAUCUAUCACAAUGAUCCUACAAGGGUUCUAGACAAUUUCAAGGGUCGUACAAAACUGAUUGGUUCACUGGGUGCUUUAAACUGCUCCUUGGAGAUUGAUGAAAUCAAAAACCAUGACAACGGCCCGUAUUGUUUCAGGGUGGAAUUAGAGACAUAUGGAAAAGACAAGUACUCCUUUGUGGAGAACUGUGUGAGAAUUAAUAUGAUUGGGCAAGCAUCAAAACCUGUGCUGCAGUCUGAGGCGUUUGUGCAAGAGGGUGAAUCCACAGUCUUCAGAUGCUCUGUCCGGCACACCUGUCCGUCCCAUCAGCCCACUCUCAGCUGGAGCCACUCUGGAAAAACAAUCAUGAGCUAUAAGGACAUUGGUCAUGGAAAAUGGGAGGCAGAAUCUCUCCUUACCUUCAUCCCAACAAAAGAGGAUAAUCUCAACUCUAUCACAUGCACUGUCAAGUACCACGGGAGUGUCCGGGGUGAAAUGCAAGCCACAGAGCGUAUCACUGUGAAAGAACAAGCAACUCUUAUGUCAAACUUUGUUCAUGAACCUUUUCCCCUUUUUGAUUCUAUAUGUUUUAUUUUAUUUCCUCUUUGAUUUUACCUCCUGUUAAAUGCUUUUCUGCAUGUUGACUAAAAGUGAUAAACAGCAGCAUAUCAAUGUGACUUUUCAAAAUGAUCUAAAACUGUGUUACAUUAUAUAUUUUAAAAGAAGGUACAGAAAAUAAGAUGAUUAAAUAAUGGCCACGUUCACACAGUCAUUUUUUGGGAUCUAACACCUUGAUGAUGCACAUGCACAGUAAGUUACUGAAAACGAAACCACACAAAACACCUUAGAAGAGUGGCUCUUUCACACUGUAUGACGUGACAGACAACUAGCUGUUCCAUUCACACAGUGCGAAUAUUCAGAGAAUGAAAAUUUACAAGUGUGAGUUCGGUUAUAGAAUGCGGUUGUCACUCCCAUAAAUAACUGUACUGCGUGUGAACGCAACCAUAUUAAGGAUUCAAAUACAGGACUGACAUCCGUAUUCUGCUUCUGUGUGAACGUGGCCAAUAUCUAAUCAAGUAGCACAGGAGCAAAAAACUAAAUGCUUAAACAUUAUAUUGUAUCUAGAUAAGCACUGUUUGCUAUAAUCAUCCAAUGAACAUCUAGCCAAAUAUGGUAAUGUCACGAUUUGAGUUCUGUUCAUGUGUAGAGUUUGUUUUCAGUUUGAUAAUUGUAUCUAUGGUUUGCCCAGUUUAUUUAGCCCUGUGUUUUCCUCAGUUCUUUGUCUGUCUUUCUUGGAUAUUGUUGUGUUGUUCUGUUAGAAUUCUGUUCCAGUUUGCUGAGUAUACUGCUAUAUUGAGUUUUGUUUUAUUAAAAGUAUUGCUGCACUUA